UGAGAGGACUUCCUGGAGUGUACAGUGGAGUGGCUUUCGUACCGUUUUUAGUUUCAUCUCUGGAUAAAUAGUUUAAUUGCAGUCAUGUCUGUUCUAUGUUACAACAAGGGGUGUGGACAGCGCUUUGAUCCGGAAAAUAAUCCUGACGAUGUUUGCACACACCAUCCUGGUGUUCCGGUGUUCCAUGAUGCUCUGAAGGGCUGGUCAUGUUGCAAGCGAAGAACAACCGACUUUUCAGACUUCCUCAGCAUUGCUGGUUGCACGAAAGGUCCACACAACAAAGAGAAGCCCCCGGAAGCAAUCAAACCAGAAGUGAAGUCGUCUGGAGAGAAGAACAACGGUGACACGCCAAAGACAACCUUCGAAUGUCUGAUACAAGCCCCCAAACCCUUUGAGUCUAUUCGACGGCCAAGUGGAGACGAGCCUGCAGUGAAACUUCAACAGAAAGUGGCCACCUCUCUGAAGCAGGCCCUGGAGAAACUGAAGCUCUCCUCGGACAACAUGGACAAGGAGAAAGAUGAGGAGGGAGACGAGAUUAAGGCGGGGACCUUGUGUAAGAAUGGCGGCUGCACUAAGGUGUUUAAAGGGCCGCAGAGCAAUGAGGAGGCGUGCAUGUACCACGCCGGAGUCCCAAUCUUUCAUGAAGGGAUGAAGUACUGGAGCUGCUGUAAAAGGAAAACGUCGGAUUUCAACACCUUCCUCUCCCAAGAGGGCUGCACCAAGGGCACGCAUCUGUGGAGGAAGAAGGACAGCGACAAGAAGGUGGUGCCGUGCCGGUUUGACUGGCACCAGACAGGGGGGCAGGUGAUCAUCUCCAUCUACGCCAAGAACUCCGUCCCUGAGCUGAGCUACGUGGAGGCCAACAGCAUCUCGGUAAACAUUCAUGUCGUAUUCGAAGGAGAUAAGGAGUUUGUGCACAAGAUCGACCUCUGGGGGGUGAUCGACGUCAACAAGAGCUCGGUGAACAUGAUGGCGUCAAAGAUCGAGGUGGCCAUGAAGAAGGCGGAGCCCAUGUCGUGGGCCCGGUUGGACAUGCCGCCGGUGGUAGUCCCGCCUCCUGAGAAAGAGAAGGCCAAAGAGAGUGACAGCAGCAGCGACGACGACGACGACGAAGGUGAAGUGGAUUAAAAUAAAACCAAUCAACCAAUCACGUUGCCCCGUCCUGUCCUGUCCCAUCCCGUCCUCUGGCCAGCCACACUUUGUCUGAAGAACUAUCUGUUCAAGUCGUCACCACUACAGCAGUUCCAGAUAUCAUUGUACGUUUUCAGUACAGUGCGUGUCUAAUAUACGUGUAUGAUGUACAGAGAUGUCAAAGUUAAAAGUAAAAGUAAAAACAAGAAACGUUUUUCUUCCAACACAGGUACCUUAUCUGAGUUACCUGUAGACCUGUGUACUGGUCUUAUGACCAGCUAACUCUGUGCUGAUGGUUGCAUCAUUUUUUUGGUGGCUUCUUGUUAUGUUUUUAGUGUUUUUCAAUAACAGCAGUCUAUCUACCUCAUUAGGUACAAUGGACUAACUGGGGGUAACAUCUGUGUAAUACCAUAUGCCAGUGUUGUACUUACACCAUGUUUUUACUUUUAUUUUUACUUUUACUUUUACUUUUGACACCUCUGAUGAUGUAUACAUUCAAGGGAUUGUGAACCGCAAUUCUUUGGAGCAUGUACUCAACACAAUCAGGAUGUAGUGUGAGAAAAUCAAUAGUUUAUCCCAAAUUACGUUUUACAUUAUGUCUGAAGUUUCUUCAAUGAAAUGUGAUCUAGAGCUUUACGAGGUGGUAAGGGGGUGGGCAAUAGUUGUUGUAAAAGACUUGUAUUAUUCUGUUAUUCUCUCUCUCUCUCUCUCUCUCUCUCUCUCUCUCUCUCUCUCUCUCUCUCUCUCUCUCUCUCUCUCUCUCUCUCUCUCCUGAUACAAAGCUAGUUGAAUCAGGGCAUCUAUCUACUGCAUGAGAGAUAAUCUAACAAAAUGGAAACGGUGAAUUGUGCACAGCAAUGUCUUUUCUUUUGCCUCAUCAUCAUCUUCAUAUACUGAUGCAAACCAAAGUAGAUGUCAUUCCACGAUGUGUAUAUGUAUACAGGGUGUCUCGAAAUGGUAUACACACUUUAAACCAUUGUAAAGUGGGUGUUUAGUAAAUUUCACAUUUUCAAUGUGUAAUAGAAUCGAAUAGUGGCUCACACACUCUACUCUAAGCUAUCUUUUUGUGCGUUCACUGUCAGCGUUUACUUUCACAUCAGUUGGAGAAAAGGCAGUGACAAAAAAAAACUGUAAAUUCUAUUACUUUUAAUUAACGCCUACUUAAGAAUGCUGUUAAAGGGACACUGUGUGAGAUUUUUAGUUGUUUAUUUCCAGAAUUCAUGCUACCCAUUCAUUAAUGUUACCUUUUUCAUGAAUACUUACCACCACCAUAAAAUUCUAAGUACUUAUUAUGACUGAAAAAAUUACACUUUUCUUACAUGAAGAGGGGGAUCUGCUCCAUGGUCCGCCAUUUUGAAUUUCCAGAAAUAGCCAUUUUCUAGCUGCAAAAAUGACUGUACUUGGGCCAUAUUAGAAAAUAUUAGUUUAUUACUUAGUAAACUUUCAUGAAAAUAUCAAAUUUGACAAUAGGCAGCCCAUUUUCAAUGAGCAGCAUAGUUGCAGUACCCUUUUUGACCAUUUCCUGCACAGUGUCCCUUUAAAGUUUGUGUUCAUUUUGGGACAUCCUGUUUGUACAUCAUUAGGCCCAAAUGAAGCCAGUCUUAGAUUUUUUUUGUGAUCAUCACUACCAUUGCACUUUCUCCUCAUUGAGUUUUAUCAGCCUUUGCCCCAUGUUGUCCUUGACUGACGAGAGUCUGAGUCUCACGUUUCCAUUCCACUUUAAGUUUUGUUCGAAUUUUAUAAAUAAAGAUCCAUAAUCGUAA